AUGGAUGCGUCAUCACUUAAGCGCCAGUUUCCUUUUUUAUUCUCUCUGAUUUUAAUUCAUAAAAUAAAAUUUUCUGCUUACCAUUUGUUCCUUAUCUAUCUAUCUAUCUAUCUAUCUAUCUAUUUAUACUGUUCCUUAUCUAUCUACCUAUCUAUCUAUCUAUCCUGUUCCUUAUCUAUCUCUGUUCCUUAUCUACCUAUCUAUCUAUUUAUAUUGUUCCUUCUACCUAUCUAUCUAUCUAUACUGUUCCUUAUCUAUCUACCUAUCUAUCUAUCUAUCUAUCUAUUAUAUUAUUCCUUCUACUAUCUAUCUAUCUAUCUUUAUCUAUCUAUACUGUUCUUUAUCUAUCUAUCUAUCCUAUCUAUCUAUCUAUCUAUCUAUUAUCUAUCUGUUCUUUAUCUAUUAUCUAUCUAUCUAUCUAUCUCGAUCUGUUCUUUAUCUAUCUAUCUAUCUAUCUCGAUCUGUUCUUUAUCUAUCUAUCUAUCUAUCUAUCUCGAUCUGUUCUUUAUCUAUCUAUCUAUCUAUCUAUCUCGAUCUGUUCUUUAUCUAUCUAUCUAUCUAUCUAUCUAUCUAUCUAUCUCGAUCUAUUUCUUUAUCUAUCUAUCUAUCUCGAUCUGUUCUUUUCUUUAUCUAUCUAUCUAUCUCGAUCUGUUCUUUAUCUAUCUAUCUAUCUAUCUAUCUAUCUCGAUCUGUUCUUUAUCUAUCUAUCUAUCUAUCUAUCUAUCUAUCUAUCUAUCUAUCUCGAUCUGUUCUUUAUCUAUCUAUCUAUCUAUCUAUCUAUCCCGAUCUGUUCUUUAUCUAUCUAUCUAUCUAUCUAUCUCGAUCUGUUCUUUAUCUAUCUAUCUAUCUAUCUAUCUCGAUCUGUUCUUUAUUCUUUAUCUAUCUAUAUCUAUCUAUCUAUCUCGAUCUGUUCUUUAUCUAUCUAUCUAUCUAUCUAUCUCGAUCUGUUCUUUAUCUAUCUAUCUAUCUAUCUAUCUCGAUCUGUUCUUUAUCUAUCUAUCUAUCUAUCUAUCUAUCUAUCUAUCUCGAUCUGUUCUUUAUCUAUCUAUCUAUCUAUCUAUCUCGAUCUGUUCUUUAUCUAUCUAUCUAUCUAUCUCGAUCUGUUCUUUAUCUAUCUAUCUAUCUCGAUCUGUUCUUUAUCUAUCUAUCUAUCUAUCUCGAUCUGUUCUUUAUCUAUCUAUCUAUCUCGAUCUGUUCUUUAUCUAUCUAUCUAUCCCGAUCUGUUCUUUAUCUAUCUAUCUAUCUAUCUAUCUAUCUCGAUCUGUUCUUUAUCUAUCUAUCUAUCUAUCUAUGAGUUCGUCGAUGUGGACAUUUGAUACACGCGAAGGAGCAUCGGCGACUAUGUUGCCGUUUCCGGAAAUGUGA